AACCGAACGAGUACGUUGAGCCCGCGUACACGGGGAUGCCUCAGUAGCCUGGGACGACGACUCCGUACAUGCGAGGGGGGAGGGGGGCGUUACUACCUAGUAUGGACUGGUGGGAGAAAAAGGAUAGGAGUGUGGUGCUCACACCGAGCGGAAAAAAUUCGUUCGAGUAUGAGCAUGGGAAGCAUACGCGCACCUACUCGAGCAUCCUUGGAUGCAUCAUCAGAAAAUACUUCCCUGGAGCUGUAAAAAUGCCCAAUUAUUAUUGGGAGAUAGCUUGGAGUUGGAGGCACUACAAGCUAGCAAGAGAUCCCUUGGGCACGAAGCAGGAGUACCUCAUGCACUGCCAGGCGAGGGUCAUCAAGAAGUUCUGGUCUUACUUUCAGAUGGACCCGGAUUAUCCCCCGCGGUGUGCAUUGCCCAGUCUUGCAGGGCGGCUACAAAGCAAGUCAUUGACACUAUGCAUGAGGCGCGUGUGGGCUGCGUCCGAAGAUGGUACGCCGAGAAGCGCAAGAUGCCGAUAUAGAAUAGGUCUCAAGCCCGAGAUAUCCUUAUGGAGCCAUGGCAGUACUUGCAGGUAAUAUGUGUAUUUUUUUGUAUGCAAUGCCCAACUCCGUGCGCCUUUCACUAAUAUGUGUAUUUUGUAUAUACAGGUGCCUCCUCCGUUCGUAGGUCAUGCCAGACCGGGAGUCUACCGGGCUAUGGUCCAUUGGUGGACAAGCGCCGAGUUCAAGAUGAGGCACAUAGCAUGAGAACUAAAGAGAGUUGCGAUGAUAUAUGCAGGUGCCUCCUCCGUUCUAUUUUAUGUGUCUAGAAAAUAAAUGCAAUGUAAAAUACAUAUAUAAAAAUAA